AUGGCCUACCAGUACGCGCCGAUCGCUGCGGAGCAGGGAGCCAAUGGGCUGGCCCAGCUGCCGGAUGUCCCGGAGUCGGUUUACGCGAAGUGCUGCGCGGUGGUGGCGCACCUCAAGAGCGUGCUCAAGGCCCGCGGCUGCCACGGCAUCCUGUCGCUGGGGCAGAAGUUCCGGUCUAUGGACGACGACGGCAGCAAGACGCUCAACUACGCGGAGUUCAGCAAGGCGAUGCGGGAGAUGGACCUUGACGAGAGCGCGCUGAACGCGAUGUUCAGGUACUUCGACGCGGACUGCAACGGGGUGAUAACCUACGACGAGUUCCUGGUGGGCCUGCGGGGGGACAUGAACGCGCGGCGGCAGGCGGUGGUGGACGAGGCGUACUCGGCGCUGGACGCCAACGGCGACGGGCAGGUGGACUUGCAGGACGUCUUCGGGCGCUACGACGUGAGUCAGCACCCCGACCUGCAGAGCGGGAUCAAGACCAAGACGGAGAUCCUGAAGGAGUUUUUGGCGACCUUCGAGUGUGGCGAGGCGGACGGGAUCGUGUCCAACGAGGAGUUCAACCGGUACUACCAGGCGCUCAGCGCGUCCAUCGAUGAAGAUGACUACUUCGAGCUGAUGGUGCGCAACGCGUGGCACCUGAGCGGCGGGGAGGGCUGGGCGGAGAACACAUCCAACCGGCGCGUGCUGGUGACGCACGCCAACGGGCACCAGUCGAUCGAGGAGAUCACGGACAUGGAUGUGGGGCGGGGGGACAUCGAGGGGAUGAAGGCGGCCCUGAGGGCGCGGGGGAUCAACGCGAUGAGCCUGGAGCUGCUGGGCGACGCCAGCGAGCAGACCCCGGCCGCCAUGGCGCCCACCACGGACGAGCAGAUCGUCAAGAACAAGCGGGAGGCCACCAAUAUACGGGCCAAGAACAUGCAGAGCAGCAUCAUAUUCUGA